AUGAGAACGAUCUGUAUAAAGGAAACUACUCACAAGGUUGCUGAAAACUCUUCGACAGCGCAUGACCGGUUUCGCUCUUCUUGGGGCUCGUCAGGUAGGUGCAGUCCCCGAGUUUCCAUCGACCUUAUGAUAUACUUGAACCCAAAUUGCACUGCUUUUGAGAAAUACACUUAUUUGCAAAUCAAUUUGGUUUCCUUUAUGAAAAUCUACUGCGAUAUCUCGAAUAUCAUGCCAACUGAAUCCUAUCAGAAUGUCCGAAGGUCCGUGGUUCGAACCCGACCUCCACCACUCGACUUCCCCUGUCUAGGCUUGGGCAACCUGAGAGUAUCCCAGCUCUCGUGCUUGCUUCGGGUGGCAUGGCAGCUAGGCACUGAAAGGGCGCUACAGCUGAACGAUUAUUAUUAUUAUUAUUAUUAUUAUUAUUAUUACCAGAAUGUUGCUGAAAAUCCGUCGACAGCUCACGACCGGUUUCGCCCCUCUUGGAGCUUCUCAGGUAGACGCAGUCCUCGGUUUCCAUUAACCUUACGUUUUACUUGA